UCCGGCCUGAGUAGAAGUGGAAUGCUGUUGGCAUACCUGAGUGCUACCCAAACUACGUACCCGACGCGACCACCAGUAAAUCUCCAUUACCCGUGUCUCUCACACCAAGAAUGCGGCACCACGCUAGACUCGCAAGUGACGGCAUCUAUCUCGACUUUCAGACCUCCCGCCUCAAUGCCGCUGUUCUGGGUGGCACGGUAGACUACCACAACAGCCUCCUCGACCAGCACCGGCAGCAGCAGCAGCAGGAACAGCAGCAGCAGCAAGAUGAAGGAUCCCGCCCGAGUUCGAAGCCGAAUGCGAACUCGUCGUGUCCUCCCCUUCUGCAAUGGCUACCGGGACCCCUAUCGAAUACUAGGAGAGGGGGCAGCAACGGCGCCACGAGGAGAGGCAGGAGAGCAAAAGAGGAUAAAGACCAGCACGGCCGCGACUUGGCUUCGGCGCCGCGCCCGCGGCUCACCCGAAAGGAUCUCGAGGAAUUCGAGGCUCUCCCUAUUGCUAUCCGGCGGAAGUACUUCUCCACCUUGGAACGCUUGCGCUUCGCCCAAACCUCCGGCAUCCUAGAUCAACAUCUACUCGACCUAGACUCCGAUCUCUACCUGCCGCCGUUUCCUCGGCGCGCCUAUCUCGACGCCGGCACUGCCAGCGCUGCCAGUUCGCCGCCGGUUCGGCCCAUCACUGCUCCCACCUUCCGGGGCCACGCCGUCUCCGCCUCGGCCGACUUUGCUUUCCUAGCGAAGCUCCCGGCCAAGGUUAGGGAAAAGCACUUGACCAGGGAGGAGCAGGUCAUCGUGGCCAAGCAGCUGAGGCAGAGCGUCAUCCUGGAUGCCGCGGACGAGGCCAUCUUGAAGAUCAGUCGUCGCAUGAGCCGGCACUUCAGCCCCCCGCCUACCCUGUCGUCGUCGGCGCGGCCCAGCAUGGACUCCCUACUGACGGAUCAUGUCCACGGCGAGACCCACGACGCCUUUUACGACAGCUUCCGGUGGCUCGACGAGGACGAUGACCUCGACCUGAGCCUCGCUGUAGACGAGUAUCCCGUGCACCCGAGGGUGCCGGUACCCGUGUCCCCCAAGCAUCCGGAGACUCCCGCCUUCCGCCGCCACCUCUCCUUCUCCAAGAUUCCGUUCGGUCGCUCGUCCAUGUCGUCGAGCCGGCCCGCGACGACGGAUACGGCGCUCCCCAUUGCCGGCUUCCCGUUCCCCAGCCCGGUCGCGUACUCGCAACAUGGCCGGCGGAAAUCUCGGGCGUUUUCGCUCAUCACGCCGAAGCAGUCCGUCCACGACUUCACGUCUCCCUCAAUCGACCCUGCGGCCGCCCAUUAUCAGGAUCCCGAGGCGCGCCUUAAAUUGCGCGUCUAUCUCGCCUCGCCCCAGAAGUUUGACGAGGCGAUCGAGUUUGGCUUCCCGUCGAACGAUGCUUCGUCGUCAAGUCCGUACGGGGAUUUCCCAGGCGCCAGGGCCUAUCCGCGUGGGCCGCUCUCGGCAGACUCGGAGCAGUUUAAGACGUUCCUCGCAGACGACGAAUCGUCUACCUACAGCGAGGACGCGUCGGUGUCAGAUCCGGAGUCGCCCAGGACUCCGCAGCUGGAUAAGCAUGCCAGGCCGCUCCAGCUCGCCGGCGCCGAACCCCAUCAUUCGGCGAGGCACGCAGAAGCCUAUGCGCAAGCGCCGGCGGCUUCGCGCGAGAUGACGCUACGUAUGACGCUUACGCGACCCGACUUGCGGGCCUGCGAAGACCAGAUAUACGGAUGGCAGCCAGGGCCGCAGCCACAACACUCGCACAGGCCGUCUCGAUCGAUCGCUUCGCGGGGAGACAUGCACGGGCCCGCAUUUCAUGCCAAGCACGGCGCCAAGGAGAGCAUCGAUAAGAUUUUCGCAGAUAUAGACCGGGAGCUGGGUCCUCCGGCGCCAGCGGACAACGGCGUGAUGAAGCGUCUCUGGAAUCGCGUACGGCGAAGUUGAGCUGCCAACUGCGGGCCUGAGCACCGUAGGGUUGGAUCCCCCUUCCCGCUCCCCCUCCUUCCCCCCCCCUCUCUGGAAUCUUUUGAGCGAUCCCCCUCUCGGCUUGCUGGCAG